CGAACACAGCCGAGGCGAGGGCGGAGGAGACGAGGAGAGGGAUGGCAGAGAACAGCUCCGAGACGAGCAGCUCCGUUCACCGGAGAUGUUUGGCCAAUUCUCCGGCGGAGAGAAACCUUUCAGCCGGUGUCGGGGCAUCGAAAUGGAUUCGACUAAACGUCGGCGGAACGUAUUUUUUAACAACGAGACAGACGCUGUGUCGGGAUCCCAAAUCAUUUCUGUACAGACUGAGCCAAGCUGACCCCGAGCUCGACUCCGACAAGGAUGAAACUGGUGCCUAUCUCAUAGACAGAGACCCCACAUACUUCGGGCCAGUGCUUAACUACUUGAGGCAUGGCAAACUGGUGCUCAACAGGGACUUGGCAGAGGAAGGUGUGCUAGAAGAAGCCGAAUUCUACAACAUCACAUCAUUAAUAAAGCUCAUCAAGGACAAGAUCAGGGAACGCGACUGCAAAACAUCACAGGUUCCAGUGAAGCAUGUGUACCGGGUGCUACAGUGCCAGGAGGAGGAGCUGACACAGAUGGUGUCUACCAUGUCUGACGGCUGGAAGUUUGAACAGCUGGUCAGCAUAGGCUCCUCUUACAACUACGGAAACGAAGACCAAGCCGAGUUCCUGUGUGUUGUCUCCAAGGAGCUGCACAAUCAAUCAUACGGGACAAACAGUGAGCCCAGUGAGAAGGCGAAGAUCCUUCAGGAAAGGGGUUCCCGGAUGUGAAGAGGACUCAGUAUUAUGAGCUCCAGGUGUUAUGAUGCAUAUCAUCUUUGUGAAAGAACAUUUGGCACAAUGGAGAUUUAAAGAGGGGGGGUGUGCAUUUAUUUUGUGUUCCCUCCAUUUUUCGUUUUUAUUACUUGGUGUAAAUAAGUGUGUUUACUGACAAUUUGUGCCUGUACAUUUAAACUGGACCUUUUUUUUUUAAAUUAGCGGCAAGUUUUUUUUUUCUAAUUGAGAGUAAGGAAUUGCAAUCUACAAAUGUUUUAUGCUAUAAAAUGUGGCCAUCAUCAUUUAAGGCCAAUGAUUCACUCAGGGUCAUCUAUUGAGUUCAUUCUUAUAUCCUCCAACUCAAGGGUCUGGUAAGGGAUCAGUCAGUAUGGUCUUUAUAACUACAAAGUAUCAAACUCAAAAUCAUUGUUUAGAGAUGUUAAGAAGGGAAUCGUGCAUUUAUUUAGCGCAUGUUGAUAAAGAGUUAGGCUAUUAAAUGUGAAAUUCACCCCAAAAACAAACGGAUAUUAUACUUUCCAAAAGACUUCAAACGGUUAUUCUGAGAUUUGUGAUCAUGAGGAAUCCAGAUAUAGAACACACAUUUCAAAUGUGUUUGAAACAUUUUGCUUUGAUCGGAAAAUCUUUUUUUGUUUCUGUCACUGUUAAAAAAAACUAAAAACAAUCAUAUUCUCAGAACAGGAUGAAAACUGUGUGAACAAAAAUGUCAGUGAUCUGAUACUGUAGGUAAAGGGGCAUUAGGUAAUUUAUCACUUGCAGAGCUUUUGAUGAGGAAGUGUCCUGUGAUGAACAGAAACACAAACUCCCAUUUUCACACAGACCAAAUAAGUUAACUUUAAAGAUGCAGCAGAAUGUCUGCCUAUAUUUUUUUUAAUUGUUCUUUAUUGCUUGAAAAGUAAAGGCGCUGCUAGUGUAGCUGCACUCGACCUUGCAACCAUAGAAACACGAUUACUAGAGCCCGACCGAUAUGGCAAAUUAUGAGACCAAUACUGAACUUGGAGGGGAAAAUAUUCACUGAUUCCUGUUAUGACUGCUGAUAUGACAAUUUUGAGCUGGAAUGGAAAUUGACCCUUUCUAUUUCUGUUUAACUUUAUUAAAGAAUAUUUAACAUGAUAACGCAUACAAUGUAUUACAUUGUCAACAAAUUCUAGAAUGAACACUAAAAAAAUACAUUAUAAAUAAUAAAAUAAGUAGCUAAAUCAACAACAACAACAAAGGAUUUCAUUAUUAUCACAUAUUGGAAAACAUAUAUGCUGACACUGAUUGGAAUGUGAUACGCUGCUCAAUCGGUCAGGCUGUAACCCACAGAUGUGGCCAGUGGUGUGUGCUGUGGGAUUAAAUGUUUUCAGGAAGUCCACUUAACAACAAUAAUACAAUAACUCAGCUAAGUAUUGGAUACACAUUUCACCAUACAUUUUCAUUCAAAUGUUUCAAAGUAAGAUUUCUGCUGCUUCUGCAAAAUGUAGACUUUUAGUCAAGAAGUAAAAUUACUCUCUAAAUGUUGUAAAGUGCGAAUUUAUAUCAAGCUGAAUCUGCCAGAACUCCUCAUGUUCAUAAAUCUAAAGUUAACUGCCGAAAUAGUCAAAGGUGUUUAAAACUUCUGUUUUGCAGUGAUGAUAUAUUUUAAAAUCAGUGUCCAGUUUCCUGUCUGGAAAAACAUCCUCGAGACAAUGGCGUUUUUUUUAUUAUUAUUGUUUUUGUUUUGUUUUUUCCCACUGACUUCUGAGUUUUCCUUGACUAAUUUAUUUUGUAUGUUUGAGGGAACAUCUUGUUUGAUUAAGAUCUUUUUUUGAGGGGAUGUAAUUUGUGGUGUGGGAGGUUUGGGGACUGGAACUGUUUGAAGGCAGUGGUGAAGGACUUUCUGUUCAUAUCCAGAGGAUUUUUGUUUUGAUGUAAAUAAUCCAAAUUCAAUAUUAAUAUUUAACUCAUAAAGAAACUGCACGUUUUGUACACUGUAUAGAAAACACAACUUGGAACGGAAGUUGUUUAUACUGGAUCUUUAAAAAUGAGAAAAUCUUGACAAUGUUGACUUCUGUUUUGCAUUGUUUGUACAGGACUAGAGAUUUCUGAGUUAGGAUUGAAACAGCUGAUGCUGAACAUGGUGUCUUUCACUGAGAACAUGCCUGGAACAUGUUUUGAUAACCAAUAACAAAGCUAUACUUGGCUGGCUAUGAAGUUGACUGUUACAUUUAAAAAAACAAAACAAAUGUAUUUUUCCUGCAUUGUGAUAGAUUCUUCUAAGCAUUUUGAAUUGUGUAGAUUUCGUACACAGCAUUACAAGCACUACAGUGGGAAAAACGACACUGUGCACAUUGCUUACAAGCCUGUAAUGUUGUUAAUGUAAAUACUGCAUUUUAGAACACUUUUUUUUUAUAUAGAAAGUUGUUUUCAGGUUUGAUGUGUGGUUUUGAUAGGUUGGAUAUUUCAUUCACGAUUAAUCAUUUAGUGUUGCCUUUUUCCCAAUGACCAAAAUCCAAUGUCUUAUGUGUAUUGUACACAUUGAUCUUAGAGUCAGGGAUGAGUAAACCUUUCUUAAUGCUGGCACACUUUGUACAUAUAGACUUGUUAACGACACACAAACCUCCAUUUACUCACAUGUACACAUAUACACUUGACUAAAACGAUUUUUAUAUUGUCGGGGAAACAAGUAUGGAUGCAUGUUUUUGAUAUAGAUAUACACAUGUACACACAAACACACACAAGGGCUUUUAAAGUGCAGAAUUUGACAUCUGUUAAGAGGUUCAAUCAAAGUAGACUGGAUUUCCUGCCAGAGCUAGGCUAUGUUUACAUUUGCUAUAGUAUUCUGAAGCCUUCCAAUUAUGUACUGUCUUGCACUCCCUCACACGUUCGUCUGACUUGUGUGACUGCACCAAUGGCAACUAGCACUCCCUGCUCCACAUGAACUGAUAUUCACACAGACGUGCUGACUGAUGAGAUAUCCACUUCUGACAGCCUAUGCUCGAGCGUUGCAGACAAUCUUGCUUUUUCCACCCUCUCUGAUGGCAGGGAUACUCACUUUUAUUAGGAUGAAACGUACCUGCGUUGGCUCGAAGCAAAGGUUUAUUUGGGUCUUGUUUCAAGACCUUUUUUUUUUUUUUUCUUCCUGCAAUGAGAUUUAAAGUGUUUUUAUGUUUGGUUUGAUGCAGUUGUAACUUCAUUUAAUAUACUCUGGUCUGAGGUUUUUAACCCCUCCGCUUCACCUACAUUAUCUUUGCCCUUCACAAACAAGUCGUCUGGCUGAGCAUUUUGGCAUUGAUAAUCAUUUCAUGUGAUGGACAAACUUAUCAAAUCUGUAGCCUAAUACUUAUAAGUGCCCAGUUUGUUUUGCAUUCAAGUCAUUUAAGCCACAGACCACUGUAAUGCAUGAUUGAAGAUGAUCACAAUUGUAAUCAGAGGGAAUGAAUGUCAUUUUUCCUCCAUCUAGCAAUUACAUCGAUAAGGUUCUCAUAUCACUACAUAAAUCACUAUUCUGUAUGAUCUUAUGCAAUGUUAACAAUGUACAAACUAUGAGGUUAAGGGGAUAGAUCUAUAUGGUCUUGCAUAAGAUAAACCCAAUAAAAAUGUUGUCAUUCA